CGGUACGCUGCCGGUGAUAAUGCGUUUCAAUUAAUUCAUUCAUAGCAUACUGAUGCUAUAAGUUUGUAAAAAAGAACUCGUUAUUCGCCGCAUUAUUAAAAUAUCUUGAUAAGGAUAACUGUGCUGGAUUUCUGUGUGUGUUAACCACACUGAAGCGCAAAACAGCCGUAUAGACCAGUAACAGUUUUAAAGCUUCUUUUAACUUUGCACUGAAAUGGGAUAAAGAAAUACAGUAAUCCAUUAUGCACUGAUAAUGGGUAUGCGCUAUCGCUCGUGAUCAUGCAGUAUAGUUAUGGACCGGGGUCCGCACAGUAGCGAAACUGAAUCAACCGGGAACCAACCUGAAAUAACGAUAUUUGGUAGCAGCUGCAAGUACAACUACGGCAACUCAGACUUUAUUGGUCGAGGAACCUUUGGGAUUGUCUAUCAAGCCAGCAUUAUUUACCGCGGGGAUUUUGCUGGACCGGAAAUUGUGGCCAUUAAAGUGGUGCAUUUGGAUAAAGACACCGUGGAUAGCGAGGAUUAUCUGGUGAAAAUGCACAGGCGAUUUGAUACACUGGUUGCGCUUAAUCACAGCAAUAUCGUGCUGUACCACAAAGUUACUCUAACGCGAGCGCCUGGAGGAGCAUGCAUAGAGCUAAUGAUGGAUUACUGCACAGGGGGUGACUUGGCAACUUUCCUGAACAAAAUGAGGCAGAGCAAAAUUCUACUUGGCAAAGCCAACACCAUUCAGUACGGGCUGGAGAUGGCGGACGGACUCGCAUUUCUCCACGACCGCAGGAUAAUUCAUGGAGAUCUUAAACCGGAAAACAUCUUGUUAAUGUCACUGCCGAACAGCGUACACAGAGUCCUUAUUGGCGACCUCGAUGAUCUUGUGCAAAUUCAGCGCACAUCCACAUGGUCAGCCGACAUUCAGCGCCUGCGGGGUACGCCCCGUUACAUGUCGCCAGAAAUGUUAAGAAAGUUUGCAGGACUGCCAGCAGAAAUUCCUGGACGCAAGACCGACAUAUGGAGCUUAGGUUGCAUUCUGCUAGAUCUGGUGGAAGUGGUUACAGGGAAUUAAGAGAAACGGCUGCUUCACAACGGCAUUUACGUAGCUGCAGGAAACCAGAUUCCCGACUGCCGAUUUAUGACGUUGCUAAUUGACGGCUGUGUCCCGUGCCUUCCGGACGGCGCAUGCGCCGAAUUUGCAUCAUGUAUUCAGUGUUGUUUAUGUACUACGCCGCGACAUCGCCAACCAGCUGGCGAAGUGCAUUCUCUGUUGCUUAGUUUACUGCAAGAAAUCGGUUUAGAAAACCCAGCGAAAAAUAACAAUACACUGGUGUAUUAUCGACACUCACCGACUGCGCCAGAAAAUGGAGCCGAAGUGAAGGUCUCGACUUCGCCGCAAAUAUCUGCGAGAGCCUCAACAGACUCCAGUGCUAAUGUGAUAAUAUUUUUUGCGAAAUCUUUUACCACGGAGCAUUCGACAAUAUCGACAAUAUCUGUUCAGAUAUUUGAUUGGCAUACGAAUCAUAUGGAACGAAUAGAUCUGCCUACUUCCUUACAGCGCAAAAGCUUCGAUCUUCAGUUCAUAAUUGUGGACAAAGAAAUACUGUGCCAAAUUAGAGAUGAUGAUUACAGCCCGUUUUAUCCAAUCAUGUGGAAUCUGGAAACCAACACCGAUCGUCACGUUGAGCUACGCUUUGCAUAUGCAACUAUGACUUGCCCAAUAGCCGUGCACCAGAAAAUAUUUUACUGGGACAUUGGGGGCAAAUCAACGGGACCGGUAUUUAAGGUCGCGGACUUGGUGGGCGGCACGAAUGUAUGUUUGCCGCAACCUCCAAUAUCAGAACCCAAAAGGCUGUUGCACAUAUAGAAAACGCAGUGUAUGCUGGAGAUGCAAUUAUUUUUCUUGGGUUCGUUAAGAACGCUGAAGAAAUGACGGUCGGAUGUUACGACACAGCAACCAGCACGUGGUGUUCUUUGCCUGACUUUCCCGAAACCCGAGCGCGCUUUGCUCUUGUUGCCCUGGACAGUAGCAUUUACGUCCUGGGUGGAAUAAAUAAAGACACGGACGACAUACCACUGCAGUCAUGUCUUCGUCUGGACAUGGAUACGCGAAGCUGGCAGGUCAUCGGUUCGCUGUUAGAGCCUCGAUCGCAUUUAUGCGCAUUUUUUUCGAACAACCGAAUCUACGCGUAUGGUGGUUGGUCGUGGGACGACAAGAAGCACUGCCGCUCGCAUACAAUGGAGAUCUACGAUGCCGUUACCGAUGUCUGGUCGUACGUCAACAUGUCCAACUCACCUUCCGAUAUGGCUAUUGAGCGACGACCGUUCUUUGCUUGCGGCCCAUUUGAAUAAGCGGCUAGUGCGUUUAUUAAAUGGAGCGAAAAGCAGUU